AAGGGGAAAGAGAAGCCAUUCGCCAAGCAGGUCUUAGAGAGAGGGCAACGGCACACAAUGAGGGACAGGAAAGAGUAAAUAGACAAGGGCCUCGACAACCGAACUGCCAGCAUGGGAGGCGGAGGCAGCAAGGAGAAUGAGUCUCAGCUGUUGGAGACACUGUGUGACCACGAGGAUGCCAUCAACUGCGUGGCACUGUCCGAGGAUGGCUCCUUGCUGGUCACAGGGUCGGAGGACAAGACGGCGAGGAUGUGGAGCACGAAGACUGACGAAACAGAGUGCCUCGGUGUCCUGAAGGGCCACACGUCGUACAUCACAUGCGUAUCCAUCACCAACGCCUACAUCAUCACGGGCGCCGCUGACAAUACCAUCAGGAAGUGGGACAUGACCACCUGCGACUGCCUCCAUGUAUAUUCAGAUCACACGUCGCGCAUAGCAAGAGUGAUCUGCACCGACGAGUUCAUCUUCAGCACCUCCUACGAUAAGACAGCGAAGGCCUGGCUCUUCGAUGCUGAAGACGCGGACAUCGGAGAGACGGCAGCCAUCAGGACCUUCACGGGGCAUCACAGGGGAGUGUACCCUAUCAUCUACAUUCCGGCGGUGGACACGGUGCCAGAGGACACCGAAGGAAUUAACAUCAACCCUGGGGACCUAAUCAUCACGGGCAGUGCGGACGCCACGGCGCGCUCCUGGUCCUUCGACACGGGAGACUGCCUCAAGGUGUUCAAGGGACACAAGGCCGCCAUCACCUGCAUGGCCACAGACCCCCAGGCCAAGAUCCUAUACACGGGCGGCGGAGACAAGGAAAUCAGGUGCUGGAAUAUCAACAGAGGAGAUUGUAUCAAGGUUCUCGAAGGGCACGCAGGAUCCGUCAUCUGCCUGAUCGUGGUGAACCGCCUCAUGUACAGCGGCAGCGCAGACGGGACGGCCAAGUGCUGGGUCCGGGAGUUCGGAGACUGCACCAGGACCUACAGGGGCCACAAGCACUCCGUCGUCUGUGCCAAGUUCAACGAGGGCAUCUUGUACACGGGAAGCGGAGACGCCAUAGUGAGGGCGUUCGACGCGAAGAGUGGCUCCGUCAGGAAGGUUUUCAAGGGGCACACAAACGCCGUCACGUGUCUGACCGUGUGUGGUGACAAGGUGUAUUCGGGCUCGAGUGACGGCACGCUCAGGGUCUGGGACUGCAAGAAUAUGAGCGAGGACACUGGGUUCGCGGCCGAGGAUCUGGACGAUGACGACGGCGAGGAAGGAGUCGACGGUGACGACGACUUCAAGAAGAAGCAGCUGGACGACUUGGACGAACGCCUCGACGACUACAUCGGCGGGGACGUGGACGAGGCCAGCAAGCCCGCCUCAGCUGCGUCCAAGGCCUUGGCAUAAGAUCGGAGGACAAUCUUCCUGACCUUAGUAAUAUUUAGAGUCAUUUUGGACACCUUAUUCGAUGGAGGUCCGCCGCCGCCACGAUUCUGAUUGGCUGUGAUGCGAAGCAGCUCGACGAUGAUUGGCUGCAGCACAAGACAACUCAACGGCGAUUGGCCGAUGGGCGCUAGAUGCUCGUCCAGCUCUCCGUAUAAGGUGUCCGAAGUGUCUCUGAAUACCUAGCUGGUUGGCGGUGACCUGGUCGUGCGAAGCUGAGACGGACGACGAGGCGUUGCAUCAGUGGGGGCAAUAAAGAGUGAUUCUUUAGAUAAAAAAAAAGAGAUUUGAGGAUCAUUUGAAGCAUAGAUCUCCAGGUUAAUUAUUUACCGAAAUACCGUAUUGUGCCUUGUAUCAUGUUUGUCCUAUUAAUCAAAUCAUUAUAUAGAAAUAUCUUUAUGUCAUAUACAGAGUAUAGUGGAAAUAGAAACAGAGAAUACUGGUCGAUUUAUGAUGAUGUUCAUGAGGCAAUUACUGUUGUUCGAACUCUCUCUAUAAAUGGGUCAUGCAGAGCUUCUAAUCAAACAAGAGAGAGAGAGAAAUUUAACAUCAGUAAUUAAAUCAGGAACGAUCUUUUAUAAACCAUCAUUUACUGAAGUUUGCACCCGGUUGUGUGGUGGUCUCUUUAAGAUUAUGGGUCAUAGGCAGAGGUUAACGAGGUCACCCUCACCUAUGUAAACUGUUUGUUAGUGGAAAGAAAAAAGUCUUUUGAGCAUAAUAAAUCCUUUGUGAAUUGC